AUGCAACCUACAUCUGCCGACCCACACACGCCCUCGCGGCCCGUCUUCAAGUUCUGCACCCCAGCAGGCCGUGCGCUAUGCCGACAGAUAAUAUCCCAACGCGCCGGCUAUGAUCCCCACGACUACCAGCUCGACGGAGUCACACGAGCCCUCGAUGGUGCCGACUUGCUCGCUGUUACCCCCACUGGAUCAGGGAAGACAGGAUUCCUCACGAUGUUCCUGCUCGUGAUGCACACAGUAACGGCCGACCCAUCCCUCUGUUCCUCUGCGCUGCCCAGUCACUUCCGGCCCAACGCGACCAUGAUUGUUACGUGUCCGACCUUGGCGCUGCAGGAUGGCAUGGCUGCGAAAUUCACGUUGUGCGGCCUACGGCCGCUGGUCAUCAAUGCAACAACCUUGGAUCACGCAUUGCGUGAGGAGCUCCCCCGGAAGCUGUGGCGCGAGGUACCGGACCACGACGUCUUGAUUGUGACGCCUGAACAGCUCAUAUCGAAAGGGUUCGAGACCCUGCUUCAGGACAUGGCGUACCAAUCGCGGGUCGCUGCUAUGGGAGUUGACGAAGUCCAUCUCCUCACCACUUGGGGCACGAGUUUUCGGACAAAGUUCCUGGAGAUUGGGUCGACCCGCAUGCGGUUCCGGCUCCACAACCCUCCUCUUAUCAUCGCCCUCACAGCAACUCUCCUCGCUGGCGAGGAGCUCCGUCUUAUUCGUGCGUCACUGGGCCUGGUCGACAAUCACAAAUUCUACCUUUUGCGACGCUCCAACGCGCGCCACGACCUCCGCAUUGUCCUCCGUAUCAUGUCCUCACCGGUUCUAUCCUCGCGCUAUCCGGAGCUCGACUGGGUGCUCACCGAAAACUGCAAUAUCCUCAUUUUCUGUCGAACAUUCAAAGUCUCCCACCGCGUACACUCCUAUCUCACAUCCAAGCUUGCGUCGUCUUCGGCUUCGAGUGUCGACCAAGUUCGCUCAUACAACGGCCUCAACUGGGACUCUUACAACACUGCGACGUACAAUCUGCUGCAGUCUCAGCCCCCAGGGACGACUAAUCACACUGUCACGGUUGCAACUGAUCGUCUGUCGAUCGGAGUCGACUUGCAUUCGGUUGACCAUGUGGUGCUUUUCGAAUGCGAUCUUCCAAAGGACAUUAGCAGCGUUAAACAGCAAGAGGGAAGAGCACGCGAUGGACGAGGCAGGAACUCUUGUGUUAUUGUGUAUCUCCCUCGGAAC